AUGGCGGCAAAAGUAAUGACUGUAAUGGCGGUUAUGGUGGUUGCUGCUCUAACCACAACCACAGUAAAGGCCAGAAUCCCCGGAGUUUACACCGGAGGUCCCUGGGUCAACGCUCACGCCACCUUCUACGGUGAAGCUGAUGCUUCAGGAACUAUGGGUGGUGCGUGCGGGUACGGGAAUUUAUAUAGCCAAGGUUACGGUGUGAACACGGCGGCUUUAAGCACGGCCUUGUUUAACAAUGGUUUGAGCUGUGGUGCUUGCUUUGAGCUCAAGUGUGUCAAUGAUCCAGGCUGGUGUCUUCCCGGGAACCCAUCAAUCCUUAUCACCGCAACUAAUUUCUGUCCACCUAACUUUGCUCAAGCUAGCGACAAUGGUGGUUGGUGUAACCCUCCUCGUGAGCACUUUGAUCUCGCCAUGCCUAUGUUUUUAACCAUCGCUAAGUAUAGGGCCGGUAUCGUCCCCGUCUCUUACCGCAGGGUUCCAUGUAGGAAGAAGGGAGGUAUGAGAUUCACGAUCAAUGGAUCCAAGUACUUCAACUUGGUGCUAGUCACUAACGUAGCCGGAGCCGGAAACGUCCAGAUGGUUAGUGUUAAGGGAAGCAACACAGGUUGGUUAGGUCUUAGCCGCAACUGGGGACAAAACUGGCAAUCAAACGCAAUUCUGGUCGGCCAAUCUCUUUCUUUCCGAGUCAAAACCUCCGAUGGCCGAAGCUCCACCUCCAACAACAUCGUUCCGAGUAACUGGCAAUUUGGUCAGACUUUCUCCGGCAAGAACUUCCGCGUCUGA